UGUAGAAGGAAGAUGGUGAGAUGGACAGAGCCUGGGCCUUCUGGGAAUGCCACAGGGUUUGGAGAAGCCCAGAGGCUGGGGAGGGAAGUGCAGGUGGGCAUUUCCAUGAUCCCGGCCUCCUCUCUUAGUUCCUCUGAGGUCGCCUGGUCCAGCUCCUUUCAUCAGUGAACAGACCCGAGAGGAAACUUGAGCGCAGAGAGACAGGAAUGUUUGCAAGGAAGGAUGUGCAUCCCGGGUGGGAAAUGCAGAUAAGAUAGAGUUCCUUCUGAGGCCUCAGAGGGCUUUGGUGAGGAGACAGGCCUUGGAGAAUUGGAAAGGGGUGUGGCUUCUAACUUUGCCUCUCUUGCAGAGAAGCCCCGCCCAUCCAGGCCAUGGAGGUAGAGUCUUCGGAGGAGAGGUCCCCAGCCCCCGGCUACAAGCGCUCUGGCCGCCGCUAUAAGUGCCUGUCCUGUACCAAGACGUUUCCCAAUGCACCCCGGGCAGCACGCCAUGCUGCCACACAUGGGCCUGCAGACUGCACAGAGGAAGUGGCCGAGGCAAAGCUGAAGCCAGAGACAGACCCCAAAGCGGAGGAUGCCAGCGGGGACAAGGUGUCAGGUGCAGCGGCGAAGCCUCGGCCGUAUGCAUGCCCGCUGUGCCCCAAGGCCUACAAAACGGCACCAGAGCUGCGCAGUCACGGGCGCAGCCACACAGGCGAGAAGCCCUUCCCUUGCCCCGAGUGCGGUCGCCGCUUCAUGCAGCCCGUGUGCCUGCGCGUGCACCUGGCCUCGCACGCCGGCGAGUUGCCCUUCCGCUGCGCGCACUGCCCCAAGGCCUAUGGCGCACUCUCCAAGCUCAAGAUCCACCAGCGCGGUCACACCGGCGAGAGGCCCUACGCCUGCGCCGACUGUGGCAAGAGCUUCGCUGACCCCUCGGUGUUCCGCAAGCACCGGCGCACGCACGCAGGCCUGCGGCCCUACAGCUGCGAGCGCUGCGGCAAGGCCUACGCGGAACUCAAGGACCUCCGCAACCACGAGCGGUCCCACACUGGCGAGCGCCCCUUCCUCUGCUCAGAGUGCGGGAAGAGCUUCUCCCGCUCGUCCUCGCUCACGUGCCACCAGCGCAUCCAUGCGGCGCAAAAGCCUUACCGCUGCCCGGCCUGUGGCAAGGGCUUCACGCAGCUCAGCUCCUACCAGAGCCACGAGCGCACGCACUCUGGCGAGAAGCCCUUCCUUUGCCCCCGCUGCGGCCGCAUGUUCUCUGACCCCUCGAGCUUCCGGCGCCACCAGCGGGCGCACGAGGGUGUGAAGCCCUACCGCUGCGAGAAGUGUGGCAAGGACUUCCGGCAGCCAGCCGACCUGGCCAUGCAUCGGCGGGUGCACACAGGCGACCGGCCAUUCAAGUGCCUGCAGUGUGACAAGACGUUCGUCGCGUCCUGGGACCUCAAGCGGCACGCGCUGGUGCACUCCGGCCAGCGGCCCUUCCGCUGCGAGGAGUGCGGGCGAGCCUUCGCCGAGCGAGCCAGCCUCACUAAGCACAGCCGGGUGCAUUCGGGUGAGCGCCCCUUCCACUGCAACGCCUGCGGAAAGUCCUUCGUGGUCUCGUCAAGCCUGAGGAAGCAUGAGCGGACCCAUCGCAGUAGCGAGGCCGCAGGGCCUCCCGCGCAGCAGGAGCUAGUAGUGGGGCUGGCGCUGCCGGUCAGCGUGGCAGGCGAGGGCUCAGCGGCCCCGGCAGCAGGGGCGGGGCUCGGGGACCCUGCAGCAGGGCUGCUGGGGCUGCCUCCGGAAUCGGGUGGUGUGAUGGCCACCCAGUGGCAAGUGGUGGGCAUGACGGUGGAGCACGUGGAGUGCCAAGAUGCUGGGGUUGGGGAGGCUCCUGGUCCCUUGGCGGGGGCAGGCGAAGUGGGGGGUGAGGAGGUAGACGAGAAACCACCACAGUUUGUAUGCCGGGAGUGCAAGGAGACGUUCUCUACGCUGACGUUGCUGCGACGGCACGAGCGCUCACACCCAGAGCUCCGGCCCUUCCCCUGCACCCAGUGCGGCAAGAGCUUCUCAGACCGGGCUGGGCUGCGCAAGCACAGCCGCACCCACAGCUCUGUGCGCCCCUACACCUGCCCCCACUGCCCCAAGGCCUUCUUGAGUGCCAGCGACCUGCGCAAGCACGAACGCACCCACCCUGUGCCCAUCGGGACCCCCACGCCCCUCGAGCCCCUCGUGGCUUUGCUAGGAAUGCCUGAAGAGGGGCCAGCCUGAGUCCCAGGCCCCCUCCGUCACACUCCUGGGAGCUCUUCCCCUACAGGGUGCUUCCUGAACCUCCCUUUGCCUCAGCUCACUCUUAGAUUCCAGAUCCAUCCCUUCACCCCAGGGAGCUAGCUCACCUUCCUGACAAAGAGCUGGGGACAGUGGAGGCUGGCAGCAGCCUCCGAGAGACAUGGCUCCCUCUGAGCGCCACUCAUUAAAGCUUUCACUUUGACACUGGGUUGUCUGCUGUGUUCUGGUCGGGGGUAAGUAAUGGGAGUUUGGGCAUCGGAUAAGGUUCAGUGGAGAUCCCUGGAUUGACAAAUGAGAAAGUAGAAGGGUCUUUGGGUGCACUGUUUUCUCUAAAUAUGUUUCAGAAUGUCUUGUGACAAAGGGUUCCAUGGUCAAGUAAGUACAGGAAAUUCCUGUACCCUUCUUGGGGAUUCUUGGUGAUCAAAGUAUAUUAAAGUCAUCGAUAAG